AAAGUUAUCACUAAUAAAAAUAAAAAAGAAACUAAAAAAUGAAUAUUUCUAUGUUAAAAAUUAUCCAGCCUAAACUAGCUGAUCAGGUAGUCAAUCUGGCUCCAAUAUUAGCAUCACAAUUGCAUACAUCUGCACCUUUGUGUCGUGUUGUCUCCGGAAAGUACAGAAUUACAAAGAAGAGAGACCGACCUCUAACAUAUGAAAUGGCAAAUCCGCCUCAUUUUAUCGCUCACCGCAAAUCUUGGAACUCAUGGAAUACAUCAAGUUUAAAAGAUGGCUUACGCAGAUCAGAAACUGUGGUCGAGGAUGAAUUUAUAAGAAGAUUUAUGACAGGCACUUGGCAUGGGCUUGUAUGCAGUGAAGUGAUUAUAAAAAGACAGUUCAACCACAUAAGAGUUGCAGCUAUCAUAAGAAGAGCAGUAUCGCCAACCAAAAUGUAUUUCCUACUCGGCUACACGGAGGAACUCCUGUCUAAUUGGAUCCAAUGCCCUGUUACUUUAGAAUUGCAAACUGUGGAUAGCUUCCAGGAUGUUGUAUUCAAAUAUAUUUAAAUGUAGAGUUAAGUAAGCUUUCUUUGUUGUAAAUAGAAUAGGUAAAUAUCA